ACACUCGCCCGUCUGCUCUCCGAGGAUGACGAGGGCGCUCCGGGGCUGCCUGCUCACCUGCUGGGUGCCUUUCCUCGCCGCUCUAUGCUCCUGCGCCGUGCGCCGGGCUGCCUCAGAUGACAAUGCCUUUACCAUUCAACAUAAAACGAUCAACAAGUGCAUCCAAGUUAAAAACCUGGAGAUAUUGCCAGGGGAGUGCCAACAGUCAAAAGAGGCCUUAUGGACAUGGGUCUCCCAACAUCGCCUCUUUAACUUGGGAUCCCGACGGUGCCUUGGACUAGAUAUUACCAAACCCAGAAAACCUUUGAAAAUGGUCGAGUGUGACUCAAAACUUAUUCUGUGGUGGCGAUGUGCUGAUGACUUAAUACUUACUGCAAAUGGGAACAAGUUGGCUUUAAAGGAGGAAUAUGUCACUGCAAGCAAAGACUCUUCUGAUGGAUGGAGAAGAAACAACUCUAGUGACGUUGUUUGUAAAUAUCCUUAUCCUGAGACGUAUACAAGGGAAGGGAAUUCCUAUGGAAAGCCCUGUGAAUUCCCCUUCCUGUUUAAUAACACAUGGCAUCAUGACUGCAUAAGCAAUGAGAUGUUUGAAGAUGGCGAAUGGUGCUCCACUACCUACAAUUUUGAUCAAGAUAGAAAAUGGGGAUACUGCUUAAAACCAGAGGAUGGUUGUCAGAAUACAUGGGAGUAUGAUGAAGCUUCUGGGAGUUGCUACCAGUUAAACGCUCAGGCUUUUCUUUCUUGGAAAGAAGCGUACGUCUCGUGUCAAAGGCAAGGUGCAGAUUUGCUGAGCAUCACCAACCCAUCUCAGUUAAGCUACUUUAGAGAUAAAGCUGCAGAAAUAUUUUGGAUUGGAUUAAACCAACUGGACAAUUAUGGAGGCUGGGAGUGGUCAGAUCACACACCCUUGAACUUUGUUAGCUGGAGCCCUGAGAUGCAGAAUUCAUCGCCACUAGAUGGAACAAGUUGUGUGGUCAUGAAUGCUGACACAGGCCUCUGGAACAGUUAUCCUUGCGAGACUGCACUUCCUUAUGUCUGCAAAAAACAAUUCAACAGUACCGAAUCAGAGUUACCAGAAGUCCAAGACUACAUGGAGACCCAGUGUGAUUCCGACUGGCUACCUCACAAUGGGUUUUGCUAUUCGCCAAUGGACAACCCCGUUUCCUGGGAAGUUGCACAGCAGUCCUGUAAAACCAAGAAUGCUGACCUAAUCAGCAUACAUUCAUUAGCAGAUGUUGAAUUGGUUGUUACCAAACUUCAUAAUGAAACAAAUGACAAAAUGUGGAUCGGUUUCAUGAAUACGGAUGUGCCAGCUUCAUUUAAGUGGGCAGAUGGUUCAGAAGUAGUAUUCACUUACUGGGAUCAGAAUGAGCCAAACAUUCCUUUGAACAACACUCCUAAUUGUGUGGCCUAUUCAGGAAAGUUGGGUCGAUGGAAAGUCCUUCCUUGUGGAAAUCAACUUAAAUAUGUGUGCAUGACAAAAGGAAAGAUUUUAAAUGAGACGAUCUCUGAUAAAGAUUGUCCUCUUAAUGAGGAAUGGAAGAGACAUGGAAAUUUUUGCUACAGGAUUCUGAACGAUAAAGUGACCUUUGGAAAGCAGUGCAAUCUCACUAUAGAAAACAGAUUUGAGCAAGAAUUCAUAAAUAGUUUGAUUAGAAAGCAUAGCAUAGUUGAAGAGAAAUAUUUCUGGACUGGCUUGCAAGACCUCAACUCUUUGGGAGAGUAUAGCUGGGGACAUACUGACGGAAAUAUUGAAAAGCUACUGUAUACAAACUGGGAUAGUCUUCAGCCAGAAUUUUCUGGAGGAUGUGUGGCUAUGGCGAGCGGAAAACACCUUGGAAAGUGGAAAGUCCAGUCUUGCAGUACAUUUAAAGCUUACUCUAUUUGCAAAAAAUACAUUGGGCCACCACGGCCAACAGAAGUGCUGCCUAAAAAAAGUGAUCCUUGUCCUCCAGGAUGGCAGAGCGGAUCGGGGCUUUCCUGCUAUAAGUUUUUCCACACAUAAGAAAGAGGGCUGAGAACCAGAACCUGGGAAGAAGCAGAAAGGUUUUGCGAGGCUCUUGGCGGACACCUUCCUAGUUUUAGCCAGAAGGAGGAAAUAAGGGAGUUCCAUGAUAUCCUGAGAACUGUCAUCAGUGAUGACCGAUGGGUCUGGGUUGGGCUAAAUAAGAGGAAUCCAGACUAUCUGGGAGCAUGGCAGUGGAGUGACAAUAAGCCUGUAUCUACUGUCGUUAUGCCCCGUGAGUUUCAAGAAGAUGACUAUGAUGUUAGAGACUGUGCUGCCUUCAAGUCUCUUAGAGCAAGACGGAGACCAUACUGGCCUCCUUAUCUUCUUGAGGACAGAGAACAUUUCUAUUUAAAGCCUUUCCAUUGUGAUGCUAAACUGGAAUGGGUCUGCCAGAUUACUAAAGGUACUAAGAUAAAGUCUCCAGAGUGGUACAAACCAGAGGAAGAUGGAAUUCAUGGACUUCCACUGGUUGUUGAUGGGUCUGAAUUCUGGUUUGUGUCAGAUAAGAACCUGAGCUAUCAAGAAGCUGCUCUCUACUGUUCUAAUAAUGGAAGUGAUUUGGCUUCUCUGACCUCAUUCGCAGAACUAACUGGAGUCCUAAGCAGACUGGGAAAUUUAUCAUCUAUGGGGCAGAAGUGGUGGCUGAAAUCUGUGGUUCCUGCAAGUCACUUCCAUGUAUGGUUUCCGGUAUAUUCAGAAUAUCAUGCCCGACAUUUCAGGGAUUGCUGGCAUAUUUCGUAUCACAGCUGGUACAAAGACUCCAGAAUAAACUGUAAUUCGAAACUGCCUUUCAUCUGUGAGAAAUACAACACAUCGCUAUUGGAAAGACAUGAUCCAGAUUAUAAACCACCUAAUAAAAAGUGUCCUGGUGACUGGCAAGUUUUUCAGAAUAAGUGCUUUCGAACAAUAGCCCCUCAGUAUGUCACAUUUAAAGAAGCAAACGAAAUAUGUGAAACGCUUGGAGGCUUUCUUCCUUCAAUUAAAAACCAAGCUGAACAAGAUUUUAUAACAUCCUUGCUUCCUGGUAUGCCAGAAGACAUUUGGAUUGGUUUGCGUUUUCUGGAUAAGACACAGAAAAGCACAUGGGCUGAUGGCAGUGAAGUACGGUAUAACAAUUUCCACCCAUUAAUCCAGGGAAGAGUGAGGAGGGUUUUAACUGAUCUGUUUGAUGAAAAAUGUGGUGUUUUGCUGAACAAUCCCAACUCUUUGUACAUUGGGGCCUGGAAUUUGAUUUCUUGCGCUGAUACUCAAGCUGUGGCUAUAUGCCAGAGGAAGGAAGAUGCUGCGCCUGCCGAGAACCAAACGGAAGAAAUGCUUAAUAUCACCACAAGCUUCUUAAACGUCAAAUAUAUCAUAAUACUGAAGAAUUUGACCUGGUAUGAUGCCCUACAGGAGUGCCAGCUGAACAAUAUGCAGCUGGUUAGCAUCACAGAACAAUACCAGCAGGCUUUUCUUGCUGCUCAAGCUGCCCAGCUCAAUUAUCCGCUGUGGAUUGGACUUUCCAGCAAAGAUGGUGGAAUUCACUAUCAGUGGUCAGACGGAAAACAUGUUAGUGUAAGCUACUGGUCUGAAGAAGAAGAUGAAGAUGUAGAUGACUGUGUGUACUUGGACAGCGAUGGAUUCUGGAAAACUACUGAAUGUGAUGUGGAAAAACCAGGAGCUGUUUGCUAUUCACCAGGAAACGAAACAAAGGAAACAGAAACAUAUGGAUCUACUGAAUGUCCACACCAGGUUAAAAAUACACCAUGGGUACCAUUCCAAAACAGUUGUUAUACAUUCAUAAUAACAAAGGAUAGGUGGAAGGAAUGGAAAUCGAAUGACGCCCACCAUUUAUGCAAGACAAUGAAUGCCAAUGCCUCUGUCUUGAGUAUCAAGAAUGAAAAUGAAAAUAGUUUUGUUGUUCAGCAGCUUCACUUAUUCAGUGGCCUCGCUCACUGGGUAUGGUUGGGUCUAAUUUAUGAUAAGAAUGAUACGCUUCUAAAGUGGUAUGAUGAAUCAUACCCGUCUUUCAAUAAGUGGAGUGAAGGAAGACCUUACAUAAGGAAUAAUAAUUUUGUUGCCGGUGUUAACUUGGAUGGCUUAUGGGAUAUUUACAAUUACACUGACAAGUUGAUACCCAUACGAUUUCAUCACUACAGUGUCCUUGCCUGUAAAAUAGAAAUGGGGCCCAAAGAGAACAAGUCACCACUGCCUAAAAAGCAACAAUAUGGAAACAACACAUACUGGAUUCUUCAAAAGAAGCUCAAUUGGUACGAAGCAUGGAAAGAAUGCAAGCAAAAUGGAAGUGAUUUAGCUAGUAUACACAGUGAAUCGCAAGAGUUGUUUCUAGAAGACAUUGUAAAGCAUGAUGGAUUUUCACUGUGGCUUGGUUUAUCCAGUCAUGAUAUAAAUGAGUCUGAUUUUGAAUGGUCUGAUGGAAGCUCAUUUGAUUACAAACCCAGCCAAUACGAGACCUCACAGUUUCUUGGAAACUGUGUUUUUUUGAACAUUUAUGGGUUUUGGAGUCAUAUGAAGUGUACAGAUGUUCUUGAAGGAGCUAUUUGCUACUCCCCAUCAAAAGAAAUACAGUCGAAGCAAAUUGAAGAUUUCUCAACUUGUCCAAAAACUACUAGUGGAUCAUCACAGUGGAUACUAUAUAAUGAUUAUUGUUAUGCAUUUGAUGUAAAAUUUUACAAUUUUUCAAUAUACACUGCUGAAGAGGCUGAAAAAGUCUGCCGGAAGCUUGACCGUUCUGCAACACUUUUGACUAUAAAGGAUGAAAAAGAAAAUACAUUUGUUACCACAUACUUGAAACAACAUUACUUUGUCACUAAAAGAGUAUGGCUUGGAAUUAAUUCUAAAGCUCUGUCUUUAAGAUGGCUUGAUGGCUCUGACAUUAAAUAUACCAACUGGGAAAAAGGACAUGAAAAUGCCAAUGUCAAAUGUGGUAUUAUGUUGUCCACAAGUGGAAAAUGGACCAAAACUGACUGCUCAAAAGGCCAAGGCAGAGUUGUUUGCAAGGUUCCUCGAGGUUUCAAUAAAGCAGGAGCGGUGAUAGCUUUUGCUGUUAUAAUUGUUCUGGCCUUGGUUGGUGGAUUGGUAUGGUUCCUGUAUAAGAAAAAACGACUGCAGUGGGGUGGCUUCUCUUCAGUACGUUAUGAACGGGGGAUUUACGAAGAUGAAAGUCAUAGCAUGUUUACCAGAGAUGACGACUGAACAACUGUAUCUGCUGGUUGUAUUUCUACAAAUUCGGGAAUAGGUUAUUUUGGCAUCUUGUUAUAUAGGUUUUGUUUUAGCAAGCCUAUGAGGAAUGUGUUGACCCAGAGCUAAAUCGUGACUUCUGGAUGCAAUGUGCAUUUUGUUCAUAAUGUAAGAUUUUUUUGACGGCAACCCUCUUUCUGUAUUUAAGAGCAAAAUGUUUCUGAUACACGCAUCGUCUAAUCAAGCUUGGCACUUUUCACUGUCUUAAGACUUGCACAUACAGUGAGGCACAACAUUAUAUCCUAAUGUUACCAUUGGGAUGCGUAUGAAGAAAGAUAGUAAAUGUCCAGUGGUUUUUGUUUCAGAAUUAAUUUAUUACACAGAAAAUUUUUAAUAUGACAGCUUGUAAUCUUGGCCUUAUUCUGAUUUAUUUGAGAUCUAUUGGGUACAGGGUUUUAAACAGUCUUCUGUAGAAAUGGUUGCCUUUUGAUAAAAGCUCCAAAGAUUUCCACCUAAGAUAGAAUUUUAUCUUUUUCUCAGGUACUUUAAUUAUUUAUAGACAAUUUGAGGCUCUUAAUUUUUAAAAAAGCAGCAAGUUAUCAGUGUAGAUUCAUCAGAAUGAGCCAUGUAUCCUAUCCCUCACAGAUAAAAAUGGAAGCAGCCAAAUUGAAAUUAAGAGCCAAAUCUGAGGUUUGUUUGUCUAGCAAAACGCUUUGUAGUGAAUGGAAGGCGACAUGCCAAAAUGGAAAUUGUGCUGCCUGAUGAGAGCGCCAGAUAGUUGUGUUUAUUUUUAUUUCUUCCGCCAUAUUUAUGCAUCCCAAAAAGAAGAUACUAGAAAUGUGCUCACUAAAUGGGUUGUCAGGGAUUGAAAAUCUGCCCUGCAUGGCUUCCAACAGUCCAUGGUCCUGCUAGGGAUUCUGUGUGUUCCCCCCCCCAAAAAAAAAAACCCUUUAGCUUCAUAUAUUACAUCAGAUAACAUUCUGGAGGACCCUAUACCUUCGAUCCUGCCAAAAUUCACUGCCAAAAUUUCCACCCACAAACGAUGGCUUUAUCAUCCCUCUGCUGCAGCCCAAAACUGUCCCCCAAGGGCCCCAGGAACAGUAUGAGGGAGGUAAUUGGCCAACAUCACCCUUCCCCCCCCCCUUUUAUGCAAGGAUUUGUUCAACUCAAUGACUUUUAGAACAAGCUUUAGUGAGGGAUAGUUAUGGUGGGAAAGUGAGGCCUUCGGCAUCAUGCUGCUUGUGUGGAGGUUCCACAUACUUGCUUUGCGAUCCUUCCCAUUAUGGUUACUGAAAACUAGUUUACAUUACAUUUAUCCAUAUCCAUGUAGAACUAAUUUUAAAUUGCUCCAUUUUUUGUUUAUUGAGUGAUCCCCCCCAAAAAAAAACCCCUGUAGCUUCAUAUAUUACAUCAGAUCCUGUGUGAGGAUCCACUUUACACUAAAUCAGAAUUAGCUGUUAUGAUUGGCAGCAGUUCUGCAAGGUCUCAGGUUUACUAUCUGAGAUCCUUUUAACUGGAAAUUGAUUCUGAGAAUUUCGGCAUACGUAGGAUUUUGUUUACAAUUGAACUAUAGUAUACUACUACUACCACACAUCUUUUUUUUUGUUUAAAGUCUGCACAACUAACUUUCCAUGUUUUGCCAGCUGUCACAUAGAGCACUUUGAAGCCAUAAUGUGUAAACUAGCCCUCCAGCAAUCUUUGGAAAUGUAUUUGCGCUAAAAAAAAAAUUUUUUUGCAUAAAGAGUAGCACUAAGUUAUGUCCAACAUAAGAUGGGUAGACUCAGUAAAGGAAGCCACAUCCCUCAGUUUGCAAUACCUGAGCAAGGCUGUUAAUGAUAGGACAUUCUGGAAAUAAUUAAUUCAUGGAGUCUCCAUAAGCUGGAAGUGGCUUGACAGCACUUUACACACACAAGUUAAGUUGGUUUCCAUAACAUAAAGGACUGCCUUAAUCUUACUAUAACACCCCCAAUUUAAUAAAAACAGUCCAGGAAAAUAUUUAAUGCAUAGUUCUGAUAAUAUUAGUGGUUAUUUUUGAGGAACCUUCUCACAGAUAACAGGCAAAACUUGUUGACUUACUGUUAUCAGUAAUCAUAGUUUCUAGAGUUCCUUUUAUAAGGCUGUGGAAAACUCAACGUGGCGAUAUGGUGGCAAAGUAUUUUUUUCUGAGAUGGCAUCGUUCUCUUUUUUUCUUUGGGAGCUAUCUGUAAUGACACAAACUUUUUAGCCGCCGAAAGACAUACCUCUUCAGUGACAAUGGUACAAAAAUAUCUUUGUAUAUGUCCGUACAGUUACGAAAAUAAUAAUGAAAGGAGGUUGCUUCCUGUGACAAUGGUAGGCAGGCAUGUUUUCUCCCCCCCCCCCUUUUUUUAAACAUC